ACCACAGUGGUCGCAUAUAUGCCUACCUCUUGACUGCCCCCAGUCGACGGUCGCUCUUGUACUGCACCCUCUACCAUGUCUGACGUCUUUAGCGACUAUACUCAGAAAUGUUCCUACUGCCUCAAGAAAGUCGGUAAGGCCAAUCUCAAGUCGUGCAGUCGCUGCCGGUUUGUUAAGUACUGCUCGCGUCAAUGCCAAAAAAGCGCCUGGCCCACACACAAGGCAGCCUGUUCGACUGGCGAGUCCCUUAAGCACAAGCUCGACCAGCCAGGCAACAGAGAGAGCAAGAAGCUUAACGACGACUUCACGAAGUGGCUUAAUUACUACCGCAACCUGAUUUGUACGGUCGCCAAGUCUGCAUUCAAUCUGGCGAACAGCCCGCCAAACAAACUCGCUACACAUUGCAUGUAUCUGGUCGUUGAGCGACAACCCGACGCGGGAGCUAUUCCAUUUUAUUUCAGGAUGGUCAGCGGUCAGAUCAUAUCUCGCCAGGAGAUGGUUGAUACUUUCAAUACGAUGGACUUGACAGAGGAACAGGUUGAUUCUGGGCACGCGACAAUCGCGGCGAUCACACAGUGCACAUUGUCAUCCAGUUCGAGGACAUGCUCCGCUUCCUCUGGUUUUCCCUCGGGGACCUCACUCGCUAUCAGCGCAUCGAUUCGGCCAAAGCGAAUGGGCUAGCGAGCGAGUGGACGAAUGUCUUGGUCGGUGCGGUCGACAAUGGUUGGGCGGGUCCCGACCGGGACGACUAGUCGUCCUACUGUUGCUCAUAUUCGAA